AUGAACAAAACAUCGAAAGAACUAGACCUUUCAUCGAUCAUUACUCAAGUACAAAAAGAUGAAGAUCUCAAUCGCCCAACACCAAUGCCAACUGUUGCUGUUGUCAGUCCAAAUGCUCAGACGAAUAAUGCAACUAAAAAUCGUUCCAGCCGAAAACAACGCAUUGUCUCUCUCUUACUCUGUUGCUUGGGUGGGUCAUGUCGACCACGCACAACCAAAGCGAAAUAUACUUCAUCAGCUGAUACUCCUGGCGAAGAGCGUGUUGCAUUAAACCAUGAGAUUAACUCACAGUUAGAGGCCCAUGAAAAACCUUUAUUACCACCAUUACGUGACAAUGAGCGUGCAAAAAUCUGUCUAGUUAUUGAUCUCGAUGAAACACUUGUUCAUUCGGUAUUUCGACCAGUUCCGAAUGCUGAUUUUAUCGUUCCUGUUGAGAUCGACGGGCAAGUACACCAAAUAUAUGUUACCAAAAGGCCACAUGUUGAUGAAUUUCUUCGUCGUGUUGGUGAACUUUAUGAAUGCAUCCUCUUUACGGCUAGUUUGGCUAAAUAUGCUGAUCCUGUAUCGGAUUUACUUGAUCCUAAUCGUAUAUUUCAUGCGAGACUCUUUCGUGAAUCUUGUACAUAUUACAAUGGGAAUUAUAUAAAAGAUCUUAGUCGAUUGGGUCGAGAUAUCCGCAAAGUGAUCAUUAUUGAUAAUUCACCCUUGUCCUAUCUCUUUCAUCAAGAUAAUGCUGUUCCUGUCAGCAGUUGGUUUGAUGACAUACGCGAUACUGAAUUGCUCACACUGAUCCCCAUCUUUGAACGUCUUGCCAAUGUAGAUGAUGUUAUACCUGCACUACAAGAAAUUCAUCAUCGACGACCCAUGGCUUAG